AUGACUAUACUUACAGAGCCAAAACCGAUGACUAUGGAUGAUAAAGCGACAGAUGAGUCCUCGAUAGGCCAACCCGUCGUCGUGCAAUGGUCAGGCCCAAACGAUCCCGAGAACCCAUAUAACUGGUCCGUCAAGAAGAAAUGGUUUGCAGUAGGCCUAGGUCUUUUCGCAACUUUCAUCUCAAUGAUGAACGGCACAAUCAUCACAACAGCCCACGAAGCCAUCGGUGAAGACUUCAACGUUAGCGAUGAGAACUUUCCGCAUUCUUACUGGCCCGUUACAUCGUGGGGACUCGGCGGCGCCAUUUUCUCCCUGGUACUACUCCCGAUUAUGGAGGACUUUGGCAUGAGGAUCGUGUUCCUCUUGGUUUAUACCGUGUUCCUGUGCUUUCUGAUACCAGUUGGCACGGCGCCAAACUACGAGACGCUCAUCAUCACAAGAUUCUUCAGUGGUGGGUGUUGUACUAUCCUCGCCAACGCCGUAGCAGGGAUUAUUGGAAAUGUCUUUGCCACGGAUCGAGCACGAACGAUACCCACGGGGCUGUACAUCAUGAUUUAUCUGAACUCGAGCAGUCUUGGACCUGUUGUGGGAGCUGCCAUUUUCCAAUACCUCCCUUGGCGGUGGAUUGGAUACAUCGAACUUAUCUGGACAGGAGUCUUCUUCCCUAUCUUCAUCUUGGCUUUGCCUGAAACGAGAGCAUCUGCAAUCUUAACUGCACGAGCCAAAAAGCUAAGAAAACAGGGACAAAACACAUACAGUCAAACAGAACUUGACUCCAAGUCCAUUAUGCACGACAUAUGGAUCAGCAUCCAGAGACCUCUCUACAUGCUCUGUACAGAGAGUGUGGUCGCAAUCUCUACCAUCUGGACAGCUUUCAGUCUAGGUGUCAUUUACGUGUUUACCCAAUCCGUCGAACAAGUUUUCAGCGAGCUAUAUGGAUGGAACGCCGUCGAAGCAGGUUAUGUGCAAGCUUCUAUAGUUAUUGGCGAGAUUCUUGGCUUUGGACUUUGUGUCUUGACAAACAAUUGGUAUUACGCCUCAGCAUCGCGCAACAAAGAAGAGCCCGGCACGCCUAUACCCGAAGCUCGACUUUACGUCGCUGUCAUUGGAGGCUUUAUUGGUGUAACCGGGGGCAUGUUUGUGUACGCUUGGACAAGCUUUUCAUGGGUGACAUGGGUCGGUCCUGCGUUCGGUUUGAUGCUGGUUGGGCUUGGAACGGAAGCUGUUGUUGUUAGUAUCGCGAAUUACUUGAUCGAUGCUUAUAGCAACUAUGCUGGAAGUGCAAUUGGAGCUACUAUACUGGGAGAGAACCUUGGUGUUGCUUUUUUGCCGCUUGCUUCGAGCAGUAUGUAUACCAACUUGGGUUUCCAUUGGGCUAGUUCCCUUCUGGGAUUCAUCUCGUUGGUUUUGGCAGCAGCACCAAUUGCCGUUUUUAUCUGGGGCAAGGAGAUCAGAGCUCGAAGCCCGUUUAUGAAAUCGGCUAUGUCAAAGCCUAUGGAGUUUACCAUGACUCCAUUGGAAUAG